AGCUUGCUAGCCACAGCCAGGCGAAGAGACGAGGGUUUUCAUCUCCCGCUCCAGGAGGAAAGGGGAAGCGGCCGGGUAAUCUUCUCCAAAGGAUUCCUGAUCGCACUGCGGCGAUCCACGCCGGCCAGAUGGAGUCUCAAAGUGGCAAGGGAGAUCCCAGCAAGACACCGGCGUCUGACGGUGGCAAGGGCGAUCCCAGCAAGUCACCAGUGUCUGACGGUGGCAAGGGUGGUUCCAGCAUGACGGCCAAGCCUCAGAGGCUUCCCAUCAAAAGGCCAACCCAGCAUGCAACGAAAGGGAGGCCCGUAAUGCUACUCACGAACCAUUUCAAAGUCUCUCUCACCAGAACAGAUCAGAUACUCUACCACUAUGAUGUGACUCUGAAGUACGAUGACGGCAAACCCGUUAAGGGAGAAGGCGUGGGCAGAAAGGUGAUGAAGCAGCUGUACGAGACCUAUGCCUCACAUCUCGCGCACAAAGUAUUCGCCUAUGAUGGCGAGAAGGGUCUCUUUACCGUUGGGCCUCUCCCAUUUAAGAACAAUGUGUUUGACGUAGUUCUGUGCGACGAUGCUUCAUCGGGAAAGACUGGAACGAGCCGGAGCCCCGGAGGAGGGGAUGGAAGUCCAGGACCAAGUGACAAGAAGAGAAUGAAACGAGCAGAGUAUGGCAAAAGAUUCAAGGUGGAGAUAACCUCCACCUCUGCGGCAAGGAUUCCGAUGAGUGCCAUUGCCCAGGUUCUGCGUGGUGGUCAAGAAUCUAAGAACUCGCAGGAAGCUAUACGGGUUCUCGACAUCAUACUGAGGCAGCAUUCCGCAAGACAGGGUUGUCUCUUAGUCCGACAGUCUUUUUUCCGUAGCGAAUUCGGCUCCAUAGACUUGGGUAGCGGCGUGAUCGGUUGUCGGGGUUUCCACUCUAGCUUUCGACUUACUCAAAAUGGGCUUUCGCUCAACUUUGAUUUAUCCACAACGAUGGUAGUGAGACCUGGUCCUGUGAUUGAUUUUCUGCUAUUCAACCAGAAUAUUAAGGACCGUAAAAGAAUUGAUUGGGGCAAAGCCAAGCGUGCACUGAACAAUCUAAGGAUCAAAACCACUCACAGGAAAGCGGAAUUUAAGAUUGUUGGAUUAUCUGAAAAAACAUGCUAUGAACAGAAGUUCUCACAAAAGCAAGGAGAGGGCAACGGUACUGUGGAGGUAACUGUUUAUGAUUACUACAUGGACCGUUGGUCUAUCAAGCUGGAUAACUCUGCUGAUCUUCCCUGUCUUAAUGUGGGGAAGCCAGAUCGUCCAACAUACCUCCCGCUGGAGCUUUGCCAUCUGCUGCCACUACAAAGGUACAAAAAGUCUCUCUCGACGCUGCAAAGGUCAAAACUGGUUGAGGGAUCCAGGCAGAAGCCGCUUGACAGGAUGUCGACAUUGUCUCGUGCGUUGCGUUACAAUAAUUAUGAUACCGAGCCAAUGCUGAGGGAAUGCAGCAUUUCGAUAUCUCGAGAUCCUAUGAAGGUUGAGGGUAGAGUCCUUCAGGCACCACAGUUAAGCGUUGCACAUGGUAGAGAACUUUAUACACCUAAUGGGAGGUGGAAUUUCAAUAAUGAUAGGUUCAUUCGGCCAAUUAAAGUGACGGACUGGGGAGUUGUUAAUUUUUCGGCACGGUGCAAUGUUAGUGAUCUUAUCAGGCGCCUUAUGGAAUCUGCUCGCAAGAAGGGAAUUCCAAUAGACAAUUGUGGUGCUAUUAUUGAGGAGGGGGGUGAUAUGAAACGGCAGUGUCCAGAAAAAAGGGUGGAGACUAUGUUUAAGCAGAUACUAGACAUAUCAAAUCAAAACCCAGCAUUUCUCCUGUGUCUUCUUCCUGAGAAGAACUGUGACAUCUAUGGACCAUGGAAGCGUGAAUGCCUUGCAGUACAUGGUAUCUUAACCCAAUGCUUGGUUCCUCCUGCUAAUAUCAAAGAUCAGUACCUCACAAAUGUACUGUUAAAAAUAAAUGUCAAGCUUGGCGGGUUGAAUUCACAGCUUAAAAGUGAAAUAAACAAAGGCAUUCCUCUGGUGUCAACGAUUUCAACCAUUAUCUUCGGUAUGGAUGUUUCUCAUGGUUCACCUGGACGAUCUGACGUACCGUCGGUUGCUGCAGUGGUUAGUUCCUUGGAGUGGCCAAACAUCUCAAGAUACAGAGCUUCUGUAUGCACUCAGGCACCCAGGCUGGAAACGAUUGAUAAGUUGUUUAAACAAGUUGGAGACGACGAUCAGGGCCUCAUUAAACCUUCACUACUCGAAUUCUACAAGUCCAGUAGAGGGAAGAAACCAGAACAAAUUAUCAUUUUCAGGGAUGGAGUAGGUGAGAGCCAGUUUGAUGACGUGCUGAACACUGAGCUAGCUGAUAUCAUUAAGGCAUGCAAAUUUCUUGAUGACAAAUGGUUACCCAAGUUCACGGUGAUAGUUGCACAGAAGAAUCACCACACAAGAUUUUUCCCGCACAAUGACAAUGAGCGUAAUCCUAAUGUCCAGCCUGGCACUGUUGUAGAUGACGGAAUCUGCCAUCCCAGUAACUAUGAUUUCUACAUGUGUGCUCAUUAUGGGAUAAUUGGGACUACAAGGCCAACACACUACCAGGUGCUCCAUGAUGAGAUAGGCUUCUCUCCUGAUGAGCUGCAGGAGCUCGUGCAUUCCCUCUCCUACGUGUAUCAGAGGAGCACCACAGCAAUCUCAGUAGUUGCUCCCAUCUACUACGCACACCUUGCAGCGGCGCAGGUGGCGAAGUUCACCAGGCUGGAUGACAUGUCAGAGACAUCGUCGAGCCAUGCUACCCAGGCUGCACCUGCCCUGGUGCCAGAGCUACCUCGUCUGCAUGACAAAGUAGCGUCAUCGAUGUUCUUCUGCUAAAGCUGGAAGUUUUCUCAUCAUUCGUUGGAAGUGACUGUAACUUCCGAAUCAAAUGCUACAUAAAACCGGUAGUGGUGUCCAUGUCAAAGCCUGAACUAUGCUUUUGGACUUGGCUGCUCGUUUGAUGGAUGCUAUUCAACGAACAAUCUUUGAUUGCGAUCAUGGUAUUUCUAGCGAAGUUCCUCACCAAUAAUAAUUUGGACUUUUGAUAA